AUGAGCUCGGAGACCGGGCCGGGACUGCCUUUCCUCCCUGGCUACGCCUUCAGGGACCCCACGAAAACAGCUUUCCAUCGGUCCCAGACGCUGGGCUACAAAAACGGCUUCGCCUUCUCUCGGCUGCCGACAGUGGGGGUCGGCGGGGAGCGGCUCUACGCGAACCAGCUUUCUCAGGCCGAGCUGGAUGAGCUGUCUAACCAAAGACCUGCCCUGACCUACGGGCCACCCAGGCGGGCCCCACCUUCAGGCUUCGUUCCAGCACACGUGGCUUUUGACAAAAAGAUCCUGAGGUUUGAUGCCUAUUUCCAGGAGGAUGUUCCUCUCUCCGGAGAGGAGCGGUACCGGGUCCGCCAAGUGGUCAUCUAUUACUUUCUGGAAGAUGACAGCAUGUAUGUCAUAGAGCCUGCUGUGAAGAACUCAGGUCUUCCCCAAGGAAAGCAUAUCAGGCGCCACCGAGUGCCCAAGAAUGAGCAGGGGGAUCAUUACCACUGGAAAGAUCUGAAUCGGGGCAUCAGCAUCACCAUGUACGGCAGGACGUACCGCAUCGUCGACUGCGACCGCUUCACGCAGGUGUUUCUGGAGAGCCAAGGAAUUGAACUGAACCCUCCAGAGAAAAUGAUUUCUGAUCCAUACACAGAGCUACGUCGGAUGCCUGAGCACACCUACGUCACACCAUCAGACUUCGACCAACUCAAACAGUUUCUGACCUACGACAAGCAGGUCCUUCGCUUCUAUGCCACGUGGGAUGACACCAAGAGCAUGUUUGGUGAGAAUAGAUCCUACAUCAUCCAUUACUACUUGGCAGAUGGCACAGUGGAGGUUAGAGAAGUCUACAAGCCAAAUGAUGGCAGAGACCCCUUUCCAGUAAUGAUAAGACGCCAACGCUUGCCCAAAGCCUUUGUGGACAAGAAAAAGACCUUCCCAAGCUGUGUGCUGGAGAUCUCAGAUCAGGAGGUGCUUGAGUGGUACACAGCUAAAGAUUUUGCAGUGGGCAAACCUACCACCCUCCUUGGGCGCACCUUCUUCAUCUACGACUGCGAUGAGUUCACACGGAGCUUCUACCGUGACAAGUUUGGCAUCACAGACUUCCAGCCAGUGGAAAUCAAACAGAAACCCCUUGAGAAACUUCCACAGGUGAUUCCUCCUUACAAUGGUUUUGGCAUCCUUGAAGACUCUCUUCAGAACUGCUUUUCUCUGUUCCCAAAGCCUCCCCAGAAAGAUGUUAUUAAGAUGCUAGAGAAUGACCACAAGGUGCUGCGGUACCAAGUCGCCCUGGAAUCACCAAACCCUGAGGACAGAAAGCGUCGAUUCAUCCUCUCUUACUUCCUCUCUAAUGACAUGAUCAGCAUCUAUGAGCCCCCAGUCCGCAACUCCGGCAUCAUUGGAGGCAAAUACUUAGCAAAGACCAGAGUAGCCAAACCAGGCUCCACUCCUGACAAAGCCACCUACUAUGAGCCCUCUGACUUCACCAUUGGUUCUACCAUUGAAGUGUUUGGCCACAGGUUCGUUGUCACUGAUGCUGAUGAACAUGUGCUUAACUACAUGGAGAGCCAUGCAGAGAGCUUCCCCGCGGCAACACUGCAGUCCCUGAGGGAUCACUUUCGCUCACGGCAGGUGGCAAAGGAGACUGCCAGCAGUGACAUCCCCAUGCUUGGGAGCAGCAACCAGGAGCUGGAUGCAUUAAUUGUGCAGGCUCAGGAAGAGCUGAAGCUCCAUAAGCACUUGAACAACAAGAACAUUCAGGAGGCAUUUCUUCAGUGUGAUAAGGAUGGCUCUGGCAUCCUGGACAAACCAACAUUUCUAGCCCUUUGCAACAGCUUGAGUGUGCCAACCGAUGCCAUUCCUCUUAACAAGCUGAUUGACCUGUGCUCUUGUGGAGAAGACAAGAUAAACUACCAUGACUUCCUUAGAGCCUUCCCUUUGGGAUCUCCCCCCAGAAGCGGAAGACCAAGACCAGCAAUAAAAUUCUGAGCUGAGCUGACUUUAAGAUCCCAUAUUUCAAAAAGGAUGCUCUAACUUUCACCUUUGCUUCCCUCACUCUCCCCCUUUGCUUCUCACCAGAGCCAACUAAUUCCACCUUCACUUUGCUAACAUUUGGUUUUCCUUCCUACCCUCUCCUUGCCCUUUUAGCUGCCUCCAACCUCAGUCUCACACCUGCUGAGUGUCAAAAUGAAAUGCACAUGAGAAAAAACAUCCAGAUUCUCCUGUUGAUGUCUCAAAAGUAGAGCUAAACCUCUGUAAAGCCUGUGAUAGCCACUCCAGCUUUCUCUUAGGGAGUCAGACAGGGCCUCUCAUUUUCAAGCAGUGAAGCCUGGUGGUUUAAAUUGUUAUUUGCACUUCAAGAAGAUGCAAGAGCCCUGCCAUGGGCCACGAGAAACUUGAACUUGCUAGUCUGAAUGUAAGCAAUUUGUGCAUGGUUGCUAUGAAAAUGUUAAUAAAGCUGCUGUAAAGUAGA